AUGGAUAGCAUUUUUAUUUCUGGACAGAGCAACACAGAAGCCAUUGUACUCGUCAAGGCAAUUACCCCUUCUCUAUUUGCUGUCUUCCUUUGGCCCAAUGGCGAAGAGCUGAACGCAGCACUACUUGAAAUAUCGAUGCGCAGAAGAGGCAGUUUUGAUGCGGAAUUCGAUCAACUCGGAUAUGUGAUGUUUUAUCAUGUGGGAUGUAUCGGUCCAGGCGAAUUUCGAGGGCAUGGUGACUAUAGUAAGCUCACCGCUACGAUGAAGGACCCUCCUGUGGAAUCUCAUCUACGCUUCUCAUGUGGACAAGGAGGCUCUCUGGAGGUACAUCUGGAAAUCUAG